CUUCGUCUUGACAACAAACAACAAAGAAAUAAUCUAAGCACGAAAUUAUUUUAUAAUCUAAAGUUCAAAUAAAUAUACGAAAAUGUGUAACGAAGCAAUGAUAUUGAUAAUAGUUACCACAAUAUGUGCCUCAUAUGUUGGUUCAUCAAAAAAUAAAACAGGGUUUAACAUAAAAGAUAACGACAUAGAUCACAACACAAACGCUACAGAGGUGUCGUCAAAUAAAACUGUUAAAACAAGUACAACACCGGAAGAUAAUAGUCUGGAAAUUAAAGAUAACAACACAAUAGAGAUAUACAAUUUGACAACUCGUGUUGCGGAUGUGAGGAAUAGCUUAUUUAUAAGCUUAGAAAACAACUCUGCAAAAGUGAAUGGCUGCUUUAUUAAUGAAUCAAAUCAUAUUGGAAACAUCAGUACUAAAUUUGAAGAGAUAAAUACAACAAAUUACAAUGAUAACGGUAUCGAGCCUGAUGAUAUAAAAACAGUUACAGAUACGAUCCUUCUAGAAGAUUUGUCAAAACAAGUACGAGACAAAAUGCCACAUAAUAGAAAAAAUGACGAACUUAAAAGUUUUAUGUUGGAAAAGACGAAAGUAAUGUUGCAGCACCAUCUACAACUAGUACCUAUGGAAGAUAAACCGUUCGACUCACAGAUGUUACAGAGUCAACGUUAUAUGAUAAGUAUAUUGGUACCAGUUGGCGUUGGCUUGAUUGGUGCCAGUAUGAUUGUAUGCACGAUAGUGACGUUAAGAAAAGUUGCAAAUAAAAGAGUCGUUCACACGCCACUAGAUGAUGACGUAGAUGUUGAAAGGUCAAUGACAGCGCACAUAUCAAGUAUCAGUGCAGAUACUACAGACAAAGUGUUUUUAUUGCAUACAGAUGAAAUCUGACAACACCAAUUGUUAUACAUAGUAAUAUUCCAGCUGACAUCACUUUAUAAAUGUUUUGGAAAAACGCAAUGAAAUAAAGUAACUGUAGAGCACUUGACAAAUAUGCUAAAGUAAACUCUUGUAUUGUGAGAAUUCCAGACGCAAGGGUUUUUGUGACAGGAUUCAGUAGUAAAACUAAUCGAAAUUGUAUGUUUUCGAGCAUCAGGUAUCACUCCAUGAUAAUUUAACUCAAUUAGCUUUGAGAAUUUUUCCUUUAAUUAAACGUAGUAGCUUAAUGAUAAAAUGUUGGUUUUUAUGCGCAAUCCAAAACAUUUGCACUAAAGAACAAAAGCAAAACUGGUCUUAAUGAUUGAUUGUAGGUAAUGGGGUAAUUUUUUUAAGAUUACAUAUUCUGUUCUGAGAGGAAUCACAGCUAUUUGACAGAUAAGAAGCCAUAAUGAUACUUAUUGUGGCAAAAAAUUGUUUGAAAAAAGCACAUUGGAAUAAGGUAUAGCAGCAAAUAACUAUUUAAGCAGGUAAUAAGUUUUUCUAUUUUUUCCCACCUGACUUAUCGAAGAUGAUCUUUAAUUUAAAGUAUCAUUAGAAGCAAUUACAAACCAAUGAUGAAUCCAAGAAAUACAUUUGUCAUCAAGACAGUUUUAAACACUACGUAAUGAGAUUUCUUCACUUUUGUCAUUAAUUUUGGAAUCUGUAAAAUAAAAAUUAACCGCAAUUGUAAAUUAAGAGCUUAAGUUUAGAUACAGGAAAAAUGAUCGCGAGUGAAAUUGUGUAAAAAAGAAUGGGGGAAAAUUUAUUUUUCUUUCAUCUUUUAUAAAAACAAGAGCUAGCGCAGAUUUUUUCAUCAUUACAACUUUGAAUGAAUUGAAAUAAACAUUGGUUUCAUCUUUUAUGUGAACCGUUUAUGUACCUAUAAUUUAUGUCAUAUGUAAAUUCUUGAUCAUAGAUAUUUAGAACAUAAAGUAGUUAUCUACUCACUUAUUUCCCUAAUUGUGGAAUAAUAAUGUGAAGUUCCUCUGGUAAAAAAUAAUAAACUAGGCACAUUUUUCUUCAUUUCUUAUACAUUUUUUAUAAAGAUAAUUUAAAUCGCAUGUAUAUUUUAGGGAGUACAUGUAUAUAUUUUUUGUUUGACAAAACAAGCGGUAUAGUGGAUAAAGCUUUAUUUUCAAAAACUGUCCUGUGAAUUUGUAUAAAAGAAUGCGAUGUGGGAAUUACUGUGUUUUCCCCUUUAUUAUUGUUAUUGUUAAAAACAUUAAGAUACAAAUAUUUAUCACAUUUUGUAAAAGCAAUGUAUGUAUGUUGAUAAAUGUACCUCUUGCUUUAAAUAAAGAUCAUCUGGCUUGCGUAAAUUAAAACUUUUUCUUAAUAUAUCUUGCUUUUCAGGUCUGUAUAUGCAUGUAUGUAUUUUGUAAGUACUGUUUUGUACUUUUAUUAUAAAUGCGUAAAGGGUUA